CUUCCCCCUACAAUUUAUGAGCAAAAUCCUGAACCCACUCUCUCUCAAGAAAAAAAAAAAACCAUGUCUUGCGCUGUAGUUGCAGGUUCACCAGUCUUCAAGGCCGGUUCUCCAUUAAAAAUUGACCAUCACCUUCAACCUGGUUAUCCAGGCUCUCCGUUACGAUGUGGGUUUGUUGGUUUCAGAGAAGAGAGCCAAGGUGGAAGCCCUUCUUUGCGACAGAUGAGCAAUGGAAUUAGGGUUUGGGAGGAAGAAGGGUUAGGGUUUUCUCGUGGGGAAGAAGCGGUUAAGGGGAUUUUGAAGAGGAAGAGGCCUGCAAGGCUUCAGAUCCCCUCUUCUUCUCCUUGUGCUUCUGGUUUUGAGCCGAUUGAGCAGGGACCUGAACUUGUUCAUGUAGAAAGCGACAGAUAUUCUGUCAUUUGUAAGAGAGGAAGGAGAUCAGUCAUGGAGGAUUGUUAUGCUGCGAACCUGGACCUUUACGGUGAUUCGAAACAGGCUUUCUUGGGUGUUUUUGAUGGCCAUGGAGGAAAACGAGCAGCAGAGUUUGCUGCACAAAAUAUGGGGAAGAACAUAAUGGAGCUCGCGACCAACUGUGAUGGUGUAGAAGGAAUUGGAGAUGCUGUUAAGAAUGGAUACUUAGUCACUGAUUCAGAAUUCUUGCGAGAUAAAGCUCGAGGUGGCGCUUGUUGUGUAACAGCAUUAAUCCGAGAAGGCAAUUUGGUGGUCUCAAAUGCCGGCGACUGUCGCGCCGUAAUGAGCAGAGGUGGAACUGCUGAAGCCCUCACCUCUGAUCACAGGCCUGCAAGAGAAGACGAGAGAGAGAGAAUUGAAAGCUUGGGUGGGUAUGUGGAUCUCCGCCGUGGGGUGUGGAGGUUACAGGGAUGCCUAGCCGUGUCACGAGGGAUUGGAGAUCAGCAUUUGAAACAAUGGGUAUCUGCAGAACCAGAGACAGAGAUCCUAAGGAUAACCCCCGAAUGCGAAUUCUUGAUCUUAGCUUCAGAUGGGCUAUGGGAGAAGGUUGGUAACCAGGAGGCGAUCGACUUGGCUCGACCCCUAUGUGCGACUACUGAUAAGCCAUCUCCAUUAUCAGCCUGUAAAAAGCUUGUGGAUUUAUCCUUAAGCAGAGGAUCAUUGGAUGAUAUCAGUGUGAUGAUAAUCCAGUUGAGCCGGUUUGUAUGAAGGAUUUGAUUCUGUGGUGUGAGAAGAAAAAAGCAGCAGCCUCUUUUAGCUGGCUGCGAAAACCACGGAGUUUUAGUAUUCCUUCAUAUUUCAUGUCUAACCAUUAAUUUAUUUCUAUUCAAUUCAUUUUUUUUAGUACAAUUCAUUUCGCUCAAGAAAACCAUAGAAGUAUCAGUUUAUUCAAUUCAUUAUUAUUUUCAUCUGAGUUACAUCCCCAAGUUUAUUGAAUUUAUUGGAACUUUCGAAAGAUCAGAAGUACAGUUUAUUUUGGCACAUUGGAUGGGAGGAGUCGAAGUUCCAGCAUGUGUUCUGGCAAUCUUCUUUUCUCAUGCCAUCUUUAGUUGUUUCGGUUUUGUACCGCAUUUUAAUCUUCUUUUCUCAUGCCAUCUUCUUUAGUUGUUUCGGUUUUGUACCGCAUUUUGUGUCAUUAUGCUAGUGUCAUUUUAUUUGAGCUUUAUUUUUGUAUCGGAUCUUCAUCUUCUUCUAGUUAUGAUCCAUUUUAUAUUGAUUGGAGCUUUAUUUUUGUAUGG